GCGGCUCUUUCGUCCCGCCCACGCUUAGAAUCAUGGCGUCGGGGGCUUCGGAGGCCCGGGCUUCCAUGGCAACGAUGCCCGGCGUGACGGAACGGUAUUUCACCCGCUGGUACAAACCAGAUGUAAAAGGUAAUCAGUGUGAAGAUCAUUGCAUAUUGCAACAUUCUAAUAGAAUCUGUGUCAUCACUAUAGCAGAUGCCCAUCCUCUCCUUCAAAAAGAAAAACCAAUUAAGAGUAUUAAUUAUCAGAUUAGUGCAAACUGCAACAGGCUGCAAAAUAAAGUUUCUGGAAAGUCUAAACGGGGUGCUCAAUUUCUAACAGAACUUGCUCCUCUAUGUCGAAUUCUCUGCUUAGAUGGAGAAGAGUAUACCAUCUAUAGCUGUAUAAGAGGAAAAUUAAUAGAAGUGAAUGAAAACAUUCUGGAGAAUCCAUCUCUUCUACAAGAAAAGCCUUCCACAGAGGGUUAUAUUGCAGUUGUGUUACCAAAAUUUGAAGAAAGCAAAAAAGUAACUCAGGGGCUUCUGACAAGGGAAGAAUAUGAAGAAUUUCUGUCAAAACGUUUUAAUUCCACAUCAUUAUGCAAUACAAAGAAAGAGAACUCAGCAGAAGUAUGAAAUACAUUAGGCAUCUUCCAGUAUAUCCCAUAUUAAAGUGACCUUAUGGAUUUUCAUGCUUUACUUUUGGGUGAUUAUAACCUUAAUUGUUCAUUUUCAGACAACAAAGUCAAUGUUUAAGAUCUUCCAAAUGUUAAUCUGUAACUUUACUAUUGGAUUUAAGGAUGUAGUGCCAAAAUAUUGUAUUGUUCUUUAUAUCAAUAAAAGCCUUUGUUUGCUUAA